AUGUCGCUGGGCAACCAGCAGAAGUUCUCCCCUCGGCCUUCUUCAAAGCUCCUGCAUCCCCGGGGGCUCCAUUCUGCCUCCUGCAAAGCUGGUGUCAUGCAAACGCAUAUCUGGAAGAGGAAAUCCAAGAUCACUGCCUCCCGUAAACUCAUGCUGAAGAGCCUGAUGCUAGCCAAGGCCAAGGAGUGCUGGGAGCAGGAGCACGAGGAGCGAGAGGCCGAGAAGGUGCGCUACCUCUCGGAGCGCAUCCCCACGCUGCAGACCCGCGGUCUGUCCCUCAGUGCCCUUCAGGACUUGUGCCGAGAGCUCCACGCCAAGGUGGAGGUGGUGGAUGAGGAGCGAUAUGAUAUCGAAGCCAAAUGCCUCCACAACACGAGAGAGAUCAAGGACCUGAAGCUGAAGGUGCUAGACCUCCGUGGGAAGUUCAAGCGUCCUCCCCUGCGCCGGGUCCGUGUCUCAGCCGAUGCCAUGCUCCGAGCCCUGUUGGGUUCUAAGCACAAGGUGUCUAUGGAUCUGCGGGCCAACCUCAAGUCUGUGAAGAAAGAAGACACAGAAAAGGAACGGCCUGUGGAGGUGGGAGACUGGAGGAAGAACGUGGAGGCCAUGUCUGGUAUGGAAGGCCGCAAGAAGAUGUUCGACGCUGCCAAGUCCCCAACCUCCCAGUAGAGGUGCUUAGAGCAUUCCUUGGGCCCCUCAGAGUCCCCAGGGCACUCAGGAGAAUGCUUAGGAGUCAGCUCUCUUGGGUUCAAGCCUACAUCAGUACCUUCAGACACUAGGCACAACAUGUCUAGGUCAGAUCUUUUUUGUCCCCUUAUCAAUAA